AUGUCCGAAAAACCCAAGAAAACAUCCCAUCUUAUAGGUGGGUUUGUAGGUGGGUUGACUUCUGCCGUUAUUCUACAGCCUUUUGACCUGCUGAAAACCAGACUGCAACAAAACAAGAAUACAUCACUGUCCAAUGCGAUAAAGGUGAUUGGCUCUCCUUCUCAGCUGUGGAAAGGAACAGUGCCGUCGGCUCUUCGAACGUCAGUGGGAAGUGCCCUAUUUCUUUCGACUUUGAAUGUGGUUAGGUCCACGAUUGCGGAGAGAAAAGUAUUUGGGGCUAACAAGCAGAAUGCAGAUAGCAGCUUCUUGCCUCAAUUGACCAUGUAUGAGAACCUGAUUUCUGGCGGUGUGACCAGAGCCGUGGUAGGAGUAGCAACAAUGCCCAUCACGAUAUUGAAGGUGAGAUUCGAGUCUACAAUGUACAACUAUCGAAGUAUGAGUGAGGCUGCAAGACAUAUAUACUACUCGGAAGGUAUUCGUGGGUUUUUCAGCGGAUGCAAUGCUACUAUUCUGAGGGACGCACCUUAUGCUGGACUCUACGUUCUUUUUUACGAGCAGUUCAAACUGCAGUUACCACGUUUUCUGCCCUCCCAAAUGCUCAAGAAAGAUGAGAACGGCAUGUAUUCCACUAAGACCUCGACCGUUGUGAAUUGUCUCGCCGCUUUUGGUUCAGCAAGUCUGGCAACUACUGUGACCGCACCAUUCGACACCAUUAAGACAAGAAUGCAGCUCAAUCCAUCCCAUUACUCUGGUUUUCUGCGAACAUUUACUUCCAUUGUCCUACAUGAACGACCUAAGACUUUGUUUGAUGGCUUAAGCCUCAGACUCGCCCGGAAAGCUCUCAGCGCCGGAAUCGCAUGGGGCAUUUACGAGGAGUUGAUCAAAAAGUUCUCGUAA